AUGCCAACCCUUAAACAGCUAACCUGUCAUAUAGAAUGGGCUAACUGUAGCAUACCAUUCAAAGAAUAUGGCGUCACUUAUCGAGACGGGUCUGUUGAAUGCCUUAUUCCUGUGCAGCCCGCCUCGACACCAUUCUCUAUCAGGCUCACUUCCAGUGGCUACAUUGCACCUGGUUUGGCCAUGUUUGUUUAUAUGGAUGGCGUCUACCAAUGCAAUCGCAACAGGGAUGAUCUUAUUUUAAAAAAGGGGUGUAAAGUACAACUUAUGCCGGGCAUGCCAGAAGUCAACAAAUCUCAUUUCGAUAACUUAGGCGAAAUAUGCGUUGUUGUUCUUCGAUGUGAGUCACGAGAUGAUCAAUCCUCAUUUGAGGGUUCUCUCACUCCAGAAUCAGCUAUGGCAUUUGGGCCAGAUUUGGACGCUGACGUUCACAACCUUACUGCAGAUUUUCAAAGCGUCUCUAGCGAUGAAUGCCUUCUCAAUCCUAUUAAUACAGCCAAAGAAAACGAUACAAAUUGUGGGUUUAUGGGAGGAUUGUUUGACGGGGCAAAUGACACUAGGCACUGGGGGAAUAAUAUAAGUUGCUGCGAAUCUUGCGAUCAUGAUGAAUCUAAGACUCGUCGUGAGAACCGUGGCCACUGUCACGAUAACCAAUCGUCCAUAAACAAUAGGGAUUCCAGACGACGCCAUCCAAACCCUGCGAGGUCACAACGCCAGUGUCGAGUCCACUGGAAAGAUCAGCCUGAACUAGAGCAGGAAUCAGACUGGGAUAAUGGAUGGGAGUCGUAUGAUACAGAGUCCACUGCAAGCUCCGACCGUGUCUGCCGAGGAUAUAGAUAUUAUCGAUCAAGUGGGCCCACCAAUCCGAUCCCUAGGCAGGAAGCUGAGGAAUCUGAUAGCCCUCGUUCUUGCAUGCGUGAACAUCACUCUAAGCCAAGAAAAUACCUCCCUUACAGGCCAAAACAAGAUCAAAGCUCAGGAUGGAAGAUUCGGAAAGGUUCGGGGAAGCUAUCUUCAGAGGAGCCCAAGAGACCCCAGAAUCUCUUGUUGGAAGAAAUACACAGCGGUACCCGUGGAUGUGCUCCUUCCAUUGUUCUCAAUGUUAACUCAGCCCAACCCCAACCGACGCAGGAGGUGAAACCAGUAAUCAAUCAUACUUGCCACAAUUGUGCUCACCCCAAGUGUUGCGUGACUGAUGAUACCACAGAUGAUGGCUGCUAUAUAGUCUCUAACAAUAAACGAGUUAGAAGACGCUGCCACCAUUAUAAUCGGAGCCGUAAUCAUUGCACGCACGGAGAGAAAAACCAAGAGUCAAACAGCAAUGAUGAUACCCUAUCAACGAAUGCCGAUACUGGUGCAGGAAAUGAUGACGGCGAUUUAAAUACCUCAAAUGAAAAUCAGGAUAAUAAUGGUUCAUCCUGGGAUAAUAAUAAUGAUCAAGGUAAUUCGAAUUGGAAUAAUGACAACAAUGAGACUUCUGCCGGCUGGAAUAACCAGGACAAUCAAAAUAAUACUACGAACGACAACUGGGAUCAAGGGCAAGGGGACCAACAAAAUAAUAAUAAUAAUACAGAUGAUUGGGACAAAGGUAAUACCAACUUCGAUUCUAAUGCCCAAGGCCAGCAACAAGAUACUUCCUGGGAUAACGGUAAUCAGUCUAAUGGCCAAGAGUGGAUGGCGCGAGGUGUAACAACGGGCAAUGGUGAUGCCCCAGCAGCGGGCUGGCUAAACAACAAUUCCAACGACAACCAUGGGAACAAUAACGAUGGCCAAUGGGCUCCUAUGGCUAGCCCAAAUAAUGGAUAUAACAAUCCUCAGCCAGGUCCAUCAAGCCCGCCUACGGUUCCAGUCCAAGCUCAGGGUCCGAUAUGGGAAUCCCCACCGCCCAUUCAAAGAGUUCAUACUCUAAUUACUCCAUUUUGUCAGGGACCAGAGGCUAGUGAGCCUCCAUUAUAUACUGUUCCUGAGCAAGUUGCACGAGAACGAGCGCUAUCUCACCAAGUGCAGGUUGGUAGAUCUUCAAGGUACUCUCAUAAAAUCAAAGUACCACAGUAUAUUGAUACUAUGGAGGAGCCUUACGCAAAAUUCAUCUUCAGAUAUCGGGUCAAAGGUGUCGUUGAGUCAGAGAUUGGCAAGCCGAUUGAACGAGAUGUCGAAGCCGAGAGAAAACUUCUCGAGUCUCUUCCUCGAGAGGAGAUUCUAAAGCAACUCCUCUACGCUCAGGGAUUACUGGCUGCUCAAACUCUUGGGCAAGCAACGGUAACACCGGCUCAGGGGCAACCUCAAGUCUCCAGUCCACAGCAGAUCCAGCAUCAACACUCCAAUUCAAACAACCAGCAAUAUGUGCCGGCUCAGCAUCAAAGUCCCCCUGGGAGCAAAAAUGGUCGCGUUAACCACUCCAAUCAUGGUUCACAGUCUGGUCCUUCGCAUUGGAAUAGCGCUCCAGCUCAGGAACAGGUUUUCACUGUCCCGUCAAGGCUCACAGGCUAUAAUAAUAGGGCGAUUAAUCCUCCUCAGAGUCCCCCGCAGAACAAUAACUUGGCAGCUGCCCUCACUACUGGGUUACAGAAUGUUCAACAGCAGCAGCAGCAGCAGCAGAGUUGGCCCAAGGGCAGUAAUGAUGCUCCUAGCUGGAACGCCCAGGCUACACAGGAUGAUUCCGGUGGGACAUGGUGA